UCUGCUUUCCAUCCAGUACCUGUGGGUGCAGAGCGCUCAUCUUGCAAGUGGCUUAAAUGAAUGCGUUGACUGUGUUGGUGUGCUUUAAAAGGGCUUGCAGUGCAGACUACCCAUUAUACCUGUUUUAGUCACAGACACACAAUGACAAGACUCGCCUUUGUCUCGCUUUUCCUUGUAGCUAUCGUGGUGUCCGGAGCCUUGGCUCAAGGUGGGAUAGGCAGUUGUUGUAGAACUACUUCAAAAACGCAAGUCCACCGUGACAGCCUGAAGAGUUACUACAGACAGUCUCGAUCACAAUGCCCGAUCGAUGCAGUGGUAUUUACUACUCUGAAAGACAAACGAAUCUGCUCUGACCUCACCAAAGUGUGGACUCUGACCAGCAUGGCCUACCUAGAUGGAAAGAACUGGCAAAAACAACGUUCAAACAUACACCGCUGAUACAACGUCCACCUGCACACAAAAUGACUGCACUAUUGAAACUAAAUUCAGAAGUUCCCAGUUUCUCUUCAGCUGUUAGAAUUCAACAUGAAUUCAACUAUGAAUGUUUUCUUUUCCUGUAAAAUACUUACCUCACCCCAGUGAAAUGACGAUAUUUCUAUGAUUUUUGCCUUUUUAAUGUAUAAUUUUCAAUUAUGUGAUGUUCAGUUAAUAUUCUAUAUGUAAAUAUUUGAAUAAUGUGUUACUUUCAUUACAUAGUGAGUGAUAUUAAUAAAAAAAAUCAUGAUGUAACA